AUGGAAUCAUGGCAAAAGAUAUUAGGUAUUAUUGAAUUUGUCAUUGUAUUGAUUGUAUUAUUAUUUUUAAUUGGUGUGAUAGUAGUGAUUAUAAAGAAUAGAAAAUUAGAGUUUAAUAUGUAUUGGAAAUCAAGAGCAUUACUAGCAAGUUCAGCAUUUAUAUGGGUUGUAUUUUUAAUGUUGGGUAAUGAAUACCUUUGGAAUACAGAUGGUUUAUUUGGUAUAAAAUCACAUUCUGCUGCAAUUUGUGGUUUACAUUUAUUCUUUACUGUAGGUUUAGCUGAACCCUUAUUCUUUUUAUCUGUAUUAUUUACACUUAAAUCAAAAACAAAUAGAGAUAAAGGUCGUAAUAAUAAUAAUAAUCAGAGUGGAAUUUUUAGAAUUUUUACAAAUAGAUUAAAUUUUGAAGACCCAAAUGAUUAUGUUUAUUUAUGUGCAUUUAUAUGUUCGUUACCAUUGAUUAUUGUUCAUAUUGUAUUAUUAAUUUUAGAUGCAUUAAAUGAUAAGGUUAAUAUAGCAUAUACUGUAUUCGAUAAUGAAGAAUCAAAAUGUUUAGUACCAAUUGUUAGCACUGCUGCAUUUGCUAUAUUUUAUGUUUUAUUUUUAUUAUUUUUUAUUUUUAUAUCAAGAAAAUUCUCAAAAACAAUUAUUAAUAGGUCACUAAUAAAUAGAAUUAGAUUAUUACAAUUCAGUUUUAUAGCAUUUUUACCAUUAGAAGUAGCAAUUAAAGUAGUUUUAAUUUUCACAUUAAAUAUUGGUAAAAUAAGUCAAGCAUUAUUUAAUGCUUUCUUUUUCGUUGAUAUAGUAGUUUUAUUAAUUGGUGUUUUGGAAUUUGCAUUAUUCCCAAUUUUAGACUCAUUAGGAUAUUAUUCAAGUUCAAUUAAAUUAUGGAAAUUUAAAUUCUUAAAUAGAAAUAAUAAUGAAGGAAGAGGUAUGAUUACAAAUGAUGGUAAUAAUAAUAAUAGUAGUAGUAAUAAUAAUAAUAAUGACUAUGAAAAGAAUGACGAAAAUAAUAUAUCAUUAACUACAAUUUCGACAAAUAUAUCAUCAACCCCAAAUUCGUUAAUACCUAUUGGUGAUUAUGAAAAACAAUUAAAAAAUAAUAAUAAUAGCGACAAUAAUAGCGAUAAUAAUAAUAAAAAUAAAAAUAAUUUAGAAGUAGGAGGAGGAGGAGGAGGAGGAGAUAAUAAAAAUCAUAUAUUAAGUCAACAAACAGAAUUAGAGAAAUUAAAAAUUAAACAUAAAAGUCCAAUACUGGAUAGAGUUAGAGAUACUGAUCCAAUUAAUUUACCACCCUCUGAACCUUUAUCAACACCAUUAUCAUCUUCACCACAACAACCACCUUCACAUGAAAGAAAGAAAUCUAGAAGGUUUAGUCUUUCUGGUAAAAAGAAAUCACAAACUGUAACUCCAACUCCGUCAUCGUCAUCUUCAUCUUCCCCUAAUAAUCAAUCACCACCAUUACAACCACAACAAUCACAACCAAGAUAUUUACAACCAACUCCAGUUGACGAUUUUAAAAAUAACUUAUUUAAAUAUUCUCAAACUGGUUAUAAAUAA